AAUCAUGGCAUCAGCUGGGCUUCAGAUGAUCGGCACAGCGCUGGCCAUCAUCGGCUGGAUGAUGGUCAUCGUGGUUUGCGCUUUGCCCAUGUGGAAGGUCACAGCCUUUAUUGGUCAUAACAUUGUAACAGCUCAGACCACCUGGGUGGGAAUCUGGAUGAACUGUGUGGUGCAAAGCACUGGACAGAUGCAGUGCAAAGUCUACGACUCCAUGCUGGCUCUCAGCGCAGACAUGCAGGCCGCCAGAGCCAUGAUCAUUGUCGCCAUUUUGGCCGGAAUCUGCGGGAUCAUGGUCUCCGUUGCUGGUGGGAAAUGUACCAAUUGCAUCGAGGACGCUCGUUCCAAGUCAAUGGCGUGCAUCACGGCCGGGAUCCUGUUCAUAAUCGCGGGCUUGCUCUGUUUGAUCCCGGUGUCAUGGUCAGCCCACAGCAUCAUCGCAGAUUUUUACAACCCGUUAAUGAUGGACGCACAACGGAGGGAGUUGUUCAAAAUGGGAAGGAUUGGCAAGGAGGUAUCGGGCCAGGUACUGUGCUUCCUCGGCUUAAUCGGCAUCUGCCUGACCUGCGGCCUUCCUUUGUGGCGCGUGACCACCUUCAUCGGGGCCAACAUCGUGUCGGGUCAGAUCGUCUGGGACGGCCUGUGGAUGAACUGCGUGAUACAGAGUACGGGACAGAUGCAGUGCAAGAUCCAGUCGUCCCUGAUGAACAUGACGCAGGACCUGCAGGUCGCCCAGGCCCUCACUGUCAUCGCCAUCUUGAUAGCGUUCGCCGGCGUGCUCUUGACGUUUAUCGGGGGCCGAUGCACCAGCUGCUUGAAGAACGAGUCGUCCAUGGCUAAAACGGUUAUCUGUGGAGGCGUGCUGUGCAUCGUGGCUGCCAUCGUGUGCCUCAUUCCUGUCUGCUGGUCGGCCGCAUUUACCGUCUCCGAUUACAAGAACGUCCUCACACCCACUGCUCAGAAGAGAGAAAUAGGCGCCUGUGUGUACAUCGGCUGGGGAACUACAUGUGUUCUACUUCUGGGAGGGAUCCUCUUAUGUACUUCCUGUCCACCAAAUGACAGUGUAUAUCGGAAUAACAUGGGCAUGUAUCCCUACCAAGGGCCUGUGAUGGGACCAGCAGGACCCUACAUGCCUGCAAAAGGAUAUCGGCCUAGCGUCACAUACUCUGGGACAUAUGUUCCAAAUAAACAGUAUGCUGCCCCUAGAGCUUAUUCAGCCGUACCUGGACAAUAUUUGUAA